CGUAAGCAGGUGGAUCGGUGGACGAAAAAACGGGCCUUGUUCGGGGUCUACGACAACGUGGGCAUCCUGGGGCUUCUUGCAGUCUCUCCUCCCUGCUGCGUGGUGUCCACCUCUUGGGAGGCAAUCCUCUUCCUCCUCGGGAGUCCGGAGCUGCAGAGGUGCAUCCGCAAGAAACAGAUGGUAGGAGAUCGGAUGUUUGUAGAUGACUACAACAAACUCACCAAGAGGAUCCGGUACCUGUACAGGCGCUUCAAUCGCACUGGGAAGCACCGCUAG